AUGGCGCAAUCCGGGCUCUCAUCGACAUGGGGAUCAGGCAGUGGCGAUGGUGCCGCUGCUUCUGGUAGCCGUCGCAAGAAGGUAUAUGGAUAUCUCAAGGCGGCAAAUGAACUGCGCCAAGCUUACACCUCUCAGUGGGCCGGUCAGAGGAAUGAACAUGACGAAGAUUACUACAAUACCCCUGGCGCCUUUCCAGAUGUUGAAAUCGCACGUUCAGGCGAUGAAGAAAUGGUUCUAUUCCCGAGCUAUGCUAGGAAACUGGCAGGGCCAAAGAAGACAGACGCCAGCCCCCGCCCUCGACGCGAUUCAUGGUCCGAGACCAUCGACGAAUAUCGAGGUGCGGCUGCAGAAGCUGAGAAUGAUGAUAAAUAUGUGCCUGCUUGGGACGAAACAGAGACUCCGGAUUCGGUUGUGGCCGUCGAUGUGCGUGGCUGGAUCUACGCUCCUGGUCGGGGCCCAAUGAGCCGAAAGCAUAGGUUGAUGAUUGCUCUGGCCAGAAAACUGAGUGGAAUUGCUGCACCGACAGGAUCUUCGAACGAUGAAAUUGUUGAUAAGAUCCCGGGCAAGGGCGAUGAUGAAUAUGUCGACAAGGAAAUGCAGUCGCUCGUUGAAUCGGCCGUUGAGGACGCAGACCCGGCCUGGAAGAGCUCGAGUGUGGACCGAACCCAACAGCCCACAGCACCGCUCAGCAAAGAUGAGUUGUCUAUGGCAAAUGCCCACCUCAUGGAAAGACUUCGUCCAUUCCUGACGAAUCCGGUUGCGAGCAUGCCGGUCACUGUGUUCUUCUUUGAUGAAAAUGAGAGCAAAUCCCGGAAUAUCACGACAGAUGAAUCAGGUCAUUUUAGCCUUCGCGCUGCACUGCCCUUUGUGCCCACCCAUAUUCGUGUGUUAGCAUCCGAGGACCUGUCUGCUGCCAGACCGAUUGAAAUCAUCGACCCUGUUGGAAUCAGUUUGAUCAGUGACAUCGACGAUACAGUGAAGCACUCUGCCAUCGCUAGCGGGGCCAAAGAAAUGUUCCGAAACACAUUCAUCCGUGAACUGGAUGAGCUUACCAUUGAAGGAGUAAGCGAUUGGUACGGAAAGAUGGCUAAGCAAGGUGUGCAAAUCCACUAUGUAUCAAAUGCGCCUUGGCAGCUCUACCCCCUCCUCGAACGGUAUUUCAAGAAGGUGGGUUUGCCUCCGGGAUCGUUCCAUCUCAAGCAGUACUCGGGCAUGCUGCAAGGAAUCUUUGAGCCCACAGCAGAGAGAAAGCGAGGCUCGCUAGAACAAAUCUUGCGUGAUUUCCCCGAACGCAAGUUUAUCUUGGUCGGUGACAGCGGUGAAGCCGAUCUGGAAGUAUACACAGAGAUCGUCCUCGCAAACCCUGGCCGGAUCCUGGGAAUCUUCAUUCGCGAUGUCACAACCGUGGAGACUAAGCCAUUCUUCGACAAAUCCGUCAGCCAAUUCAGUCCGUCCAAACGCAGUCGAAGUUCACCGGAUGUAAAAGACUCUUCAGAUGCAGUUAUGAACAGGCCUGUAUUGCCCCCUAGAAGUGGCACUAGUGUUGAACCGUCAAUACGCUCACCGCCAAUGCACUCGGAGCCUGAUCCAAAAGAUCUGGAGCUGGAGGAUUUGAUUGAUCUUACAGAUCUCAUUAUUGACGAUAAGCCGCCUCCGUCCGGGCUUACCCACCCUACCACUGCACGCCCACCACCGGUGAAGCCGAUUAAACCAUCUGCACUGCGCAUGGUUUCCACGCCGGCUGACCUAGCCAAGGCCUCCAAACCAUCCUCGCUGCGCCAGGUCGCCACACCCUCCGAUGCGACAGAGACUGAUUCCAAACCACCUGCACAGGAAGCUCCUAAGCGCAAGCCAGUUCCCCCUGUCCCACCUAAGCGCGCAUCUGCGCCGAAGACGGAGGCAGAUCCAUCACCAGGAAUCUCCCGAAGUAGCACUGCACCAUCAGGGAACGACAUCCCUUCUUCGUGGCUCAAAGGUCUUGACAGCGGGUCUACAACUACGCAAAAUCAGACGCAAGCUGCUCGCGCUAAACCGCCACCACCUCGCCCACCUCCUCGUCGCACAAACACCGGAUCAUCAAUCGUCAGUGUAGACCAGAGUGCAUCGACUCUACAGAGUGCAUCGACUACUCCCGUUCCAUCUACAGGCGGCAUCCAGUCAUACCCCGCCGCAGCCGCCCAGGCCGCGUACCAAGGAUUCCAGUAUGCAAGCGACCGACUCAACUUCUCCGGCUCACAGGCUAGUGGAAAGCGACCGUCUGUAUCCAACGAGUCAGGCGUACCGCCCGCACCACUCCCCAACAAACGUGAAGAGCUCUGGAGGCGUCGCUGGGAGCGCGCAGCCGAUGUCCUUGAACAGCAUGGCGUUGUGCUGGGUAGCUGGCGAGUUGGAAGUGAUGCACAGCCUGUCUGUGCGUGGUUGAUCGAAGAGGCGGUCAAAGAUAUGAAAGCCGGUCGGAAGUAG